AUUCACGGAUCUCUUUAAACUGAAGUAGUUGUGCAAUAUUGUAAUAAAUACUUAGUUCAUUAAAAUUGAUUGCUGUGAAUUUAAAAAUGACCACUUACUUCUCGUACCUGGAUCCCAAGUUGCAAGAGGAGCUCAAGAAAACUGCUGAAGCAAUUGUCGCCCCAGGAAAGGGUAUUCUCGCUGUGGACGAAUCAAACGGUCAGUUGUUGGCGGACUUCACAUGUCCUCCAAGAAAUGCAACUAUAUUUUCCAUUACUACUAAGUACGUGGUAAACCAGCGCUUUAAAGUACAACUAAUAAAGUCAGUGGUGCUGACGGGGAAAGAACGAGUUUUGCUUGCUUAUUAUGAAAUUUACAGUGCUCAAUAAUGUCCUACAGACUAAAUUCACUGCUAGCUUUUUUUGACUAGCCAACUGCACAGGGUAGGAUUAUAGUGUAUGAGCAAGCACAAGUGCACUCGCUAUUCCCUCACUCUCACAGCCCGAUGGUACGGUAAUUAGACACGACCGGAGAGGGAUCAGUCGCAGGACUGAACAUUUGUUGACAAAAAACUCAAUAACAGAUUUUUUGGGCUGAUCCGGGAUUUAUCUCGGGACCUUAUGAUUGGAAAUCGGAUGUAAUACAACAUAUAUGUAACACAUUUAUGAGACAUUUAAUAGAAUCAGGCGUUACUUUGCAAAAUCCCAUUAUAUUAAACAUGUUAACUGUAUGAUUGAUCUUAAACAUUUGUAACUAACAGUGGUAGAGCCACGCGGCAGCUUCUGCUGUCGCACGGAUGGGCCGGCUCGAACCGGGGUGGUACCACGACCUCACAGAAUACCAGUGUGAAGUAGCGGUUUACCUCUGCGUUCCGCUUGGUGAGUGCAGGUGGCCGGAGGCCAUACCCCCCCCCAUCAACAUGGUAGCGGAAUUGAACAGAAGACUACCCCAGGAGGGUACCAGCACCCCUGGAGAAUCCCUCGCUGAGCAUCCACGACCAAGAAGACAAAGGCAACUCCUGCCACGCUUUCCGUGGAUUUCUGCAAUAUCAGGGGACUUCAUUCAAACCUUAACGCCGUCCACUACCAUCUGGAGAUAGCUAGGCCGGCCUUGCUCUUUCUAACCGAGACACAGGUGUCCUCUCCGGCUGAUACUUCGUAUCUCUCCUACCCGGGGUACAAAUUAGAACACUCGUUUGUGCCCCGGGCUGGAGUUUGCGCGUACGUCAGAGAGGACAUCUGUUUUUGACGCCUCGGUAGUCUUGAAGGUAAGGACCUGUCCAUCCUAUGGCUACGCGUAGACAGCGACGACCAUCCCCGCAUCUACGGGUGCCUCUAUAGGUCCCAUAGCGGUAAUGCAAACACAGACCGACUCAUCGACCACGUCCAAAUGGCUGCAGACUCCGUGCUACAACAGGUCCCAUCGGCAGAGAUCGUGAUUCUUGGCGAUUUUAACGCCCACCACGCCUAAUGGCUCGGUUCACGCUUUACCGAUCAUGCGGGGAGAUCUGUUUAUAACUUUGCCUUGGCAUAUGGUCUGACACAAUUGGUUACUUCGCCUACGCGGAUCCCAGAUGUGGAGGAUCAUGUACCUUCCCUGUUGGACCUUCUGCUGACCUCUCAUCCGGACGGAUAUCAGGUCUCCGUCAAUGCCCCUCUGAGCUCUUCGGACCAUUGUCUGAUCCGGAGUACGGUGCCACUCGCGUUCCAAUCUCAAUUGCGAUCUGCAGCUUGUCGCCGUGUUUGGUACUAUAGGUCGGCCGAUUGGAACGGGAUGCGGUUUUUUUUGCAUUCUACCCUUCGGGGCGGGUUUGCUUCGCGCCGGAUGAUCCGAACGUUGUUGCUGAUUCUGUCGCUGAUGUGCUACUUCAGGGAAUGGAAUUAUUUAUUCCAUCAUCUGUGGUGCCUAUCGGAGGCAGAAAUCAGCCAUGGUUUGUUCAUUCCUGCAAAAUUGCAUCACGCUAUAAGCAGGAGUGCUACCAAACCUGGGCCGACGCAUCAACGUCCCGGGAUGUAAAUACCAGCGCUCUUAAAAAGAAGUAUAAUUCCGCCUCCAGGUCCUUAAAAAGUGUCAUUGCCAAGGCAAAGUCAGAGCACAUCGGCAGAAUUGGCGAGAAACUAGUUCGCCUCCCUUCGGGAACACGUGCAUUCUGGUCUCUCGCCAAGGCUGUCCAAGGGAACUUCUGUCAGCCAUCUCUGCCAUCUCUACACAGGGCGAACGACUCACUGGCCCAUGACGCAAAAGAGAAAGCUCUCUUUUUGCUUCCAACUCGACUCUAGAUGACAGGGGAACACACCGCCGACCAUCCCGCGGUGUGAUUGCUCCAUGCAGGAAGUGCUGUUUACACAGCGCUCGGUGCGUAAAGCACUCCUCUCCCUGGACGUCAACAAGUCGAGUGGGCCUGAUGGAGUCCCACUUAUUGUGCUGAAGACGUGUGCUCAGGAGUUGGCACCGGUUUUAUCGCGUCUUUUCCGGUACUCCUACUCCAUUGGCGUAGUCCCGAACUCAUGGAAGACAGCUUUGGUGCACCCGAUCCCUAAAAAAGGCAACCGCUCAGAUCCGUCCAACUACAGGCCUAUCGCUAUUACCUCCUUGUUCUCCAAAGUAAUGGAAACCAUUAUUAACAGCCAGCUCAUGCGGUACCUUGAGGAUCACCAGCUGAUUAGUGACCGCCAGUACGGUUUCCGUCGAGGUCGUUCAGCUGGUGAUCUUUUAGGUUACCUAACUCAUAGAUGGGCGGAGGUAGUGGAGUCCAAGGGGGAGGCAUUGGCCGUUAGUUUGGACAUAGCGAAGGCCUUCGAUCGGGUUUGGCAUAAAACGCUUCUUUCGAAGCUCCCUUCCUAUGGGCUUCCCGAGAAAUUGUGCAAUUGGAUCACUAGUUUUCUUGCAGAUCGGAGCAUCAAGGUCGUAGUAGACGGUGCAUGCUCCGAUUACAAGUCCAUUAACGCUGGUGUUCCACAAGGCUGCGUGCUAUCACCAACGAUGUUUCUUCUGCAUAUCAAUGAUAUGUUACAAACCAGUAACAUUCAUUGCUAUGCCGACGACAGUACUGGUGAUACUUUAUACACCGGCCGUGUCAAUAUUUCUCGGGAAAACGUCGCCGAGUACCGGAACAAACUUGUGUCUGAAGUCGAGACUUUGUUGAACAAAGUCUCAGACUGGGGUCGACUAAAUCUAGUCCAAUUCAAUCCCCAGAAGACACAAGUUUGCGCGUUUACCGCUAAAAAGAACCCCUUUGUCGUAUCUCCUCAGUUUCAAGGUACUCCCCUUGUUGCCUCAGCCAGUAUAGGGAUCCUUGGUGUCGACAUAUCGAGUGACGUGCAGUUUCAUGGUCACUUGGAAGAGAAGGCCAAAAUGGGCCUCUAAAAAGAUUGGCCUGCUCAGCACAGUGGGACAGUAUUUCAUGCCUGCACACCGCUUGCAACUUUACAAGGCGCAGGUUCAGCCUCACAUGGAAUACUGUUCUCAUCUCUGGGCAGGGGCUCCCCAGUGCCAGCUCCUUCCACUUGACCGCAUCCAGCGCAGAGCGGUUCGAAUCGUCGACGACCGAGUUCUUUCCCAUCGGCUUGACUCAUUGGCACUGCGUAGAGAUGUUGCAUCUCUUUGCGUAUUUUAUCGCUUCUAUCACGGGGAGAGCUCUGAGGAAUUGUUCGAACUAAUUCCAGCCGCCCAAUUUCACCAUCGCACAUCGCGGCAGAACUCCCGAUACCAUCCACACCAUCUGGAUGAUUGGCGGUCCACCACUGUGCGAUUUAGAAGAUGUUUUCUUCCUCGCACAACUUCCUUGUGGAAUAGUUUACCACCAGCGAUUUUUCUGGACCGAUACGACUUAGGGACCUUCAAGAAAAGAGCCUACUCCUUUUUAAAAGGCCGGCAACGCAUCUGCGAUUCCCCUGGUGUUGCAGUUGUUCAUGGGCGGCGGUAGUCACUUACCGCUUAGGGGAGCCGCAUGCUCGUUUACCCAUCUCCUAUAAAAAAAAAAUUGUAAGAAUUAUUAAUAAAGUUAGGAAUGUAAAUUUCUGAUUUAUUUUCAUUAAUAUAUUUUAAUGAAGCCACUAUAUUGCGUUUUUUCAGAGGGAAUUGGUAAACUGCUAGCAACAGUGGGCUUAGAAAAUACAGAGAAUAAUAGAAGAAAGUAUCGGCAACUUUUAUUUACUGCUGACGAUGUAAGUAACAAGUUAAAUGUAUUUUUUUAAAUUAAUGUUUUAAGCACUACAAGAACGUUUCUUUUGUAUUGUUAUUUUAUUCGUCUGACUACAUUUCAGACUUGCAAUUACUUGCAGCUAGUUUUUAAAGGUAUUGUACCGACUCGUAAAAUAUCUUUAUAACAAUAAUUUAUCUUAAUAUAUA